AUGACCAUUACUCCAAAUAUCCUUCUUGUUGGACCUGGCGGUGUAGGCGCCAUUGUCGCUUACGGGCUCCAGUACACGGGGAAGGCCGUUCUCUCUGUUGUGGUUAGAGGCGACUAUGAAAAAGUGUCCAAGGACGGCUUUGAAAUCAAAUCUCCUCAUUACGGACAUGUUAAAUCGUGGAAACCAGUCAAUGUAUAUCCUACUAUUGAUGCUGCUGCUAAAAACUCCAAAUUCUAUGAUUAUGUUGUCAUUUCAACGAAAAACUUGCCAGAUAUCACAAAAUUGGAAGAUAUGGUUGAACCUGUCAUUACGCCUGCUAAAACUACCAUAGUAUUGGUUCAAAAUGGAUUUGGUAUAGACCGUCCCUUCAUCUCAAAGUACCCGAAGAACAUCUGUUUGUCCGGUAUCUCCCAUAUAGGAUCCAGCAUUUUACAUGGUGUCGUCACCCAAAAGACGAGAGAUGAGAACCAUAUUGGUUAUUUCCUCAAUGAAAAUCUACCUGUUAAAGUCCAAGAGGAAAAAGCCAAGCAGUUUAUCGAUAUUUACAGCAACGAACAUAACACAAUCAUUUAUUGUGAAAACGUCAAGGCAUUCAGAUAUCAGAAAUUGGUUUAUAAUGCAUGCUUCAACACAAUCUGUGCACUAACUGGCCUCGAUACUAGCAGGUUAUACUUGUCUGGCAGUUAUAACACUCUACUUGUCCCGGCAAUGAGAGAAGUGGUGAGUGUCGCCAAGGCAGAUGGCAUAACAUUGAGAGAUGAUGUGAUUGACUACUACGCUCAUAUCUCGGACGGCCACUAUUAUAAACCUUCAAUGCAGAUCGACGUUGAAAAGGGUAAUCCCAUUGAGGUGGAAACCAUUCUCGGCAAUUUGAUCAAGGUCGCCGACUCCCUACAAGUCCCAAUCCCUACCUUGAAAAUGCUUUACAGCCUCUUGCAUGCUGUUCAGUUCAGGUUGAAAGAAGGUAGAGGUAUUGUCUCCGUUCCGGAAUCUGCACCGGUGAAUAAUGAACACUACUCUUAA